AUGUGGCUGAAGCCUGAGGAGGUGCUCCUGAAAAAUGCGCUGAAGCUGUGGGUGAUGGAAAGGUCCAAUGACUACUUCGUGCUGCAACGGCGUCGGGGCCACGGGGAAGACGGCGGAGGGGGAUUCACAGGGCUUCUGGUUGGGACUCUUGAUUCAGUCUUAGACUCUACUGCUAAAGUAGCUCCAUUUCGUAUUCUACACCAGACACCAGAUUCUCAAGUUUACCUGUCAAUUGCAUGUGGAGCCAACAGAGAAGAAAUAAUGAAGCAUUGGGAUUGGUUGGAACAAAAUAUCAUGAAGACCUUAUCUGUGUUUGAUUCAAGUGAAGAUAUUACUAAUUUUGUACAAGGAAAGAUAAGAGGAUUAAUUGCUGAAGAGGGAAAACAUUCUUUUGCAAAAGAAGAUGAUCCUGAGAAAUUUCGAGAAACUCUCUUGAAAUUUGAAAAAUGUUUUGGUUUACCAGAGCAGGAAAAAUUAGUGACUUAUUACUCAUGCAGUUAUUGGAAAGGACGGGUUCCUUGUCAGGGCUGGCUCUAUCUUAGCACCAACUUCCUGAGCUUCUAUUCUUUUUUGUUGGGAUCAGAAAUAAAACUCAUUAUCUCCUGGGAUGCGGUCUCAAAACUUGAAAAGACUUCAAAUGUCAUAUUGACAGAGAGUAUUCAUGUGUGUUCCCAAGGGGAUAGUCACUAUUUUUCAAUGUUUUUGCACAUUAACCAAACAUAUCUUCUUAUGGAACAGCUAGCCAACUAUGCUGUAAAGAGACUUUUUGAUAAGGAAACAUUUGAUAAUGACCCAAUUCUUGAUGAUCCUCGACAAAUCACCAAAAGAGGUCUAGAAGAUCGAGCCCACAGUGAGCAGUAUAAUGCUUUUUUUAGGCUGCCCAAAGAAGAGACUUUGAAAGAAGUACAUGAAUGUUUUUUAUGGGUGCCAUUCAGCCACUUCAAUGCUCAUGGCAAAAUGUGCAUCUCAGAGAACUAUAUCUGCUUUGCUAGCCAGGAUGGCAAUCUAUGCAGUGUAAUCAUUCCAUUUCGAGAGGUCUUAGCUAUAGAUAAAACACAUGAUUCCAGCAAAUCUGUCAUCAUUAGCAUCAAAGGAAAAACAGCUUUUCGCUUCAGUGAAGUUAUAGACUUUGAACAACUGGUGGCAAAACUCAGGCUCAAGUGUGGGACAACUUCAAAUCAAUAUCACGAUAUUAACACAGAGGUUCCUAUUAGUUCUCAUUCUACAGAUCCAUCUGAUAAUAUUGAGGUACAAUCUUUGCCAUGUCAAAGGGAAUACAGUGAAACUGUGAACACUGAAGCCUUAAUGACAGUAUAUCACCCUCAGAAUAUGGAGACUCUUAAUUCCAAAAUGUUGAAAGAAAAGAUGAAGGAACAGUCAUGGAAUAUCCUGUUUUCAGAAUGUGGGCGUGGUGUUACUAUGUUUCGGACUAAAAAGACUCGAGAUCUGGUUAUAAGAGGGAUUCCAGAGACCUUAAGAGGAGAGCUCUGGAUGCUUUUUUCAGGCGCUGUUAAUGACAUGGCUGCUCAUCCUGGCUAUUAUGCCAAAGUAGUUGAACAGUCCUUAGGGACAUGCAAUUUGGCUACUGAAGAAAUUGAACGUGAUUUACGUCGUUCCCUGCCUGAGCACCCAGCCUUUCAGAGUGACACUGGCAUAUCUGCUCUGAGGCGAGUACUCACUGCUUAUGCAUACAGGAAUCCCAAAAUUGGAUACUGCCAGGCAAUGAACAUUUUGACUUCAGUGUUGCUUCUGUAUGCAAAAGAAGAAGAAGCAUUUUGGCUUUUGGUUGCUGUAUGUGAACGAAUGUUGCCUGAUUAUUUUAAUCGUCGAAUCAUUGGUGCCUUGGUAGAUCAGGCGGUCUUUGAAGAACUUAUCAGGGAUCAUCUUCCCCAGCUAACAGAACACAUGACCGAUAUGACAUUCUUUUCUUCAGUUUCUCUUUCAUGGUUCCUCACCCUUUUUAUCAGUGUACUACCCAUUGAAAGUGCAGUGAAUGUGGUUGACUGUUUCUUCUACGAUGGAAUAAAGGCCAUUUUACAACUGGGAUUGGCAAUACUUGACUAUAAUUUAGACAAACUGCUGGCAUGUAAAGAUGAUGCUGAAGCCGUGACAACUUUAAACAGGUUCUUUGACAGUAUCACUAAUAAGGAUAGUCCAUUGCCUUCAAGUGUUCAGCAGGGUUCAAAUGUGAGUGAUGAAAAAAGCAGUCAUAUUAGAGUGGAUAUUACAGAUUUGAUUAGAGAGUCAAAUGAGAAAUAUGGUAAUAUUCGUUGUGAAGAUAUACACAGCAUGCGCUGUCGAAAUAGGUUGUAUGUGAUACAGACUCUAGAGGAAACAACAAAACAGAAUGUGUUACGUGUUGUAUCACAAGAUGUGAAAUUGAGCCUUCAUGAAUUGGAUGAACUUUAUAUCAUCUUUAAGAAAGAGCUGUUUUUUUCUUAUUAUUGGUGUUUGAGUUGUCCAGUAUUGAAGCACCAUGACCCCAGUUUGCCAUAUUUAGAACAGUAUCAGAUUGAUUGCCAGCAGUUCCGAGUGUUAUAUCACUUGUUGAGUCCCUGGGCUCCUUCUGCAAACAGAGACUCACUAGCUUUAUGGACAUUCCGAUUGUUGGAUGAAAACUCUGACUGCCUUAUCAACUUCAAAGAAUUCUCUUCUGCAAUUGACAUAAUGUACAAUGGAAGUUUUACUGAGAAGCUUAAACUACUUUUUAAGCUGCAUAUUCCUCCAGCUUAUACUGAAGUGAAAUUGAAGGACCCUUCAAAGGGAGAUGAACUUUCCGAGGAAGAAUUACUUUAUUUCAGUCAGCUCCAUGUUUCCAAGCCUGCAAGUGGGAAGGAAGCGGUAUCAGUAAAACAUAGCCCUGAAAAAGGCAAAGGAAAAAUUGAUAUUCAAGCAUAUCUUAGUCAAUGGCAAGAUGAGCUUUGCAAAAAAGAAGAAAACAUUAAGGAUUUACCAAGAAUGAAACAGUCACAAUUUAUUCAGUUUUCAAAGACCCUUUAUAACUUAUUUCAUGGGGACCCUGAAGAAGAGUUGUUAUAUCAAGCCAUUGCUGUUGUAACCAGCCUUUUGCUCAGAAUGGAAGAAGUUGGAAGGACACUUCAUAGCCCUACAUCAUCAGCCAAAGGAUUCUCUGGUAUAGUUUGUGCUUCUAGAGGACCCAGUGAGGGGAAAACAGAGAUCCCCUUGGAGAAAGAUCCCUCCUUGCUCAGGGAAGAACCUCAGUGGUCAUUUGCAUUUGAACAGAUUCUUGCUUCUUUGUUGAAUGAACCAGCAGUGGUGAGGUUUUUUGAGAAACCCAUAGAUGUAAAAGCCAAACUAGAGCAUGCAAAAACCUCUCAGUUAAGUUCUAGAAACAAGAUGUAA